AGUAGAGGGACUGGAUGAGUUGCCCAAGUCUUCUGUCCUGUAGAGUUUUAUAGGCUACUGGCUACAUUAUUACAAGGCGAUUUAAGGUUAUUUUUACGGACACAUAUAGCUUAUAAGUAUUUAGCAUUUACAUUCUUAUUUGCGAAGGCCUAUGUUUAAUUUUAAAUCUAAAGAUUAGCUUGUACGCCUAUACCGGGGUAGAUUGAUCUGACUUCCUGUUGCACUGCAGUGCUUUGUACGUGCUUUGCCUGCUGUUAGUUUACUAGAUAUCGCGGUGAAUGUCAUGCAACAACACAAGUUAAGUAGGGCCUCGUUAGGUAAUUAUAGGCUUAUAACCUAGAUAUAGAGGACACUAGCUGCUUGGUAACAUGGUAAACCUGUAGGCGAGAUAUCAUCCACAACCAUGACAAUUGGAUGCCAGAUACUCUGAGGUAUGUUGUCUGUCUGCAUUUGUCUAAAAUGAAAAAGGGCGGGAGCAGCACAAAUACCGCACAGCCAGACGCGAUGCAGGGGGAGCCCUCCCCUCAUCCCUGAGUGCUGAAAUGUCCGGACUGGAGCCUUAGUGUGUCAUCAGAUAGUGUCAGACUGCAUCCAACAGGGGGGAUGAUAAGAGUUUAUUGAAAGUAGCCUUUCAGACACCCUGUGGAAGAUUUUCCUCUAAAAUACAUUUUCAAUCAGUCAGACAGAUUUGGUCAUUGACCUUCUCAACAGUAGUUUCUCCAGACCAGACCAUCAGGGGUUUUAGCGAGGAGCCAGUAUGGAGUGGUCACUAGAAAGGGUGAGGGAGAUGGUGGCUGGAGGGAUGCAGUCUAUGAGGGACUGUGAGUCCAGUGCCUUUGGCACAGCCAUGUGCCUGCUGCUGCUCUUUGUGUGGUACUGUUACAGGGUAGGCCGUGAGCACAGCUCCUCUCCCCUGCGUGGGGGGUACAGCACUGAGCCCAGUCGAGUAGGAGGGGGUGGGGGGGCCUUGAUCAGCACAGAUGGGGAUGGUAGGGCUAAAGGCAGGCCGGUGUCAGGGGUGGAGGAGCAGAACGGCUUUGCUUACUGCCAGUCCACCGAGUGUUUUCGCUGCACCAACACAGGGGAGGGUCUUAAUCAGAGGCUGUACCACAGCUUGCAGGAUUACGCCAAACGCUACACCUGGUCAGGCAUGGGCAGGGUACACAAAGGGGUACGAGACCAGGGCCGCUACCUCACCAGCCGGCCCACCAUCCAGAGGCCAGAGGUGUUCUUCCUCCCUGACCUGCCCUCAGCACCCUUCUUCUCCCGGGACGCACAGAAACACGACGUGGAGCUGCUGGAGAGAAGCUUCCCUGCUCUGCUGGCUGAGUUUGAGAACAUCUACCACGCCCCCCCAGCGCGGGCAGGCUCCUCCCUGCCUCCGGGCUGGAAGGCCAACAGCACCCCCCAUGGCCAGUGGUGGACCUUCUACCUGGUGAACCAGGGAACUCCGCUGGCCCUCAACGCCAGGAGGUGCCCCCGAGCAUGGAGGGUGCUGGGCCAGCUGCGCACCUUCAUUGCCAACAACGUGUUUGGAAAUGCCUGCUUCUCUGUGCUGACCCCCGGAGCCCUGAUAACUGAGCAUUACGGCCCGACCAACGUCAGGCUGCGCUGCCACCUGGGUCUUAGAGUGCCCUCUUCCUGUGAGCUGGUAGUUGGAGGGGAGCCGCAGUGCUGGUCUGAGGGGAGCUGUCUGCUGUUUGAUGACUCCUUCCUCCACAGGGCCUUCCAUGAGGGCAGCCCAGAGGACGGCCCCAGGGUGGUCUUCAUGGUGGACCUCUGGCAUCCUAAUGUGGCAGCUGCUGAGAGGCAGGCUCUGGACUACAUCUUCACCCCUGGACGCUGAGCAGACGGUGGGGUGGGGUGGGGUGGGGGGGAGAAAAAGAGAGACAGAGCUACAGAGAGAAACACAGAGAGGUAAAGAGAGACAGAGAGAAUGUGUCAGAAUUGAAGAGAGAGUUGGUGAGAAAAGUAGAGAAGAACAGUGUGAGUGAGGUGAGAGAUCUUCUUUGUCUCUUGUUCCGUUCCCACACUCACUGUGUACAUAUUCUCUGUCUUGUUCAAAUUGGCUCUCUCCCUGUAACUCUCCCUUAGCACCUACUGACUUUGACCAAACAGACGUAAUGUAAAAUAUUACAUUUGAAUGUUUACAGCCCCAAUCCUUAUAUCUGUGAUUAUCCCUGCCCAUGUGUGAUAGUUUACCGUGCUCUCCUUUAGAAAUCAAUACAGCUUUCACAAAAACAGUUGGAUAAGCACAUAGAAAAUGUUUUUUAGAGAUCAAAUGAUUUGCUAGAGACUGCCUGUGUUGUUGCUACACAGGAGAAAUGGUUGUAUUUGCAGUAGUGGGGAAAAGCCAGAAAAAAAGCCAUAUUACAACCUGUGUUGUGAUAACUGCGUUGUUUGCUCUAUAACCUGUUAAUUCAUAUGCCUUGCGACUGUGAUAUAUAGCUCUAAAGGCCAAGACAAUAAGAAGACAGUGGCAGAAUAAAUUCAACCACCCUUGUUUUAUCACAAAACCGGAUAGCAACCUCUGUCCGGUUUAGUCCACAAAGCAUAUUGCAUGUAACAGACAGUUACAUGACCUACAGCAUGGUCAAGCAAGUUAAUGUCUCUGACAUUUUGGACUACUAAACAACUAUUGAUUUAGAACCACAGAGAGUUACCGCAAGUCACAAAGAAAACAGGCGCUGCCUCCACUAUUCCAGCACCAUUUCAACUUCAACAUUUCAACAUCAUCAAAUCACCUUUGCUUAGUCUAAUACAGUGAACUAAAAGAUACCAAAAACAAUUUAGUCCAAUCAACAUAAGCUAAACAUGUUGUGGCUGUCCACGGUUCUAAUUUCUUUGUGCGUGUGCGCGUUUGUGCAAGUAGAAUAAUAUGUUGACUCACCCUACUUGUAGAGAAAUUCCAAUGCCAUCCUCCUCCCUUUCAUUUUGACCAAACAGUCUGUCAUACAGUACACAGUUUUAUUUUUUGUUGUCCUAGGCUAGCUGGCUAAAACGCAUGCUGGCCUAACUUCCAUUCAUGGGCAAUGUUAGCUAGAUAACGUUAGCCUUCUACAUCUAGCUACAUGUUGAACUAACAUCCUCUCAGGCCAGGGUCACAACAAUGUAUGAAUGAAUGGUCAGAAUGCCGUUAUAAUCAUUGGCCAGUACAGAGAAUUAAGUAAAACAACAAGUCCAAAUCCCUAUCGCCAUCCAUGGCUUAUUUAGGAAACGGACAACUGUAGCUAGCUAGCUAGUCACUGGAAGACAAUAACACAACGAGAUGCAACACCUCAACUUGUUUCUAUCAAUGAUGUAUGCUCUCAAUGCGAUUUGAUAGUAGUGACGCCAAAAUCCAAGCUGGCUUCCCUUGACACUUUUUUUUGGUGCGCCAGGACCGUUUAGCUCAACGAUGAGCAACUUUUUUUUUUUAUCAAGGGAGGCCAAAUGCUCGCAGGCUUUCCUUGCAUUCCAUUCAAUGCUUGGGGUCGGCAACAAUGUCAUACAUCUAUCUGAUGCUGGCUGUCGUUGGGACCAUACAGAAUCAGAAAGAUGGCAUACACGUAGACCGACAGAGGGGGAUCUGUUUCGCUUGUUCGGAUGCUUUCUCCUCCGAGAUACAUUCAGCCUCUUGCGAAUUGAGGGAAAAUGAUGAAACAGAGAGAUGAAUGAUAAAUGAUUUAAUGUUAUUUUCUUGGUACAUUUUGGGGGGAGCCUGGCUUCCCUUGACAUCCAUGAAUACACGCCACUGUGUAUUUGGUAAAUUAUCUAAUUAAUGCUUGUAAUAUGCUUGGUUGUAUUUGAUAUCAACUUUGUAUUUAUGUAAAUAUAGUUGGAGUACAAAACAUAUCUGAGAGGUUUUGAAAUAUAAUUGUCUUACAAUCAGUAGUUAUUGUGUGGUCUUAAUUUACUGGUACUGCAAUGUCAUCUUCUCUCCCGAGUAUUUGUCAUUUUGAGACAUUCAUUUUUAGAUAUUUGAAAUGUUUAUCAAGUGGUUUGGCUAUUGUUCAGUAACAUUUUAUACCAUUCUGUGAUUUUUCAGCUGCAUAUCAAAUGUUUGGUGAUAUUCUUCCCCAAUAGUCAUAUUUGUGGCAUUUGUACUCAUUUUGAACAGUAUUUAAUAAAUGGCAAAUUAUCUGAAUCAGA